AGAUCUUUCGACUUCUACGAGGGAGAUAAUGAACAUCGUCCUGGCCGAACGAUUAUCACUGGAGGACUUUGGAACGUUUCCUUUCACAUAGUCACAGCCUACGAUAAAUUUCUCCAGAAAAUCGGUUUCUUCUUGGCCAAUCGAAGACCCUUGGAUCUCCUUCUGCUUUCACUAUUUUUCUUUGUUGCAAGCUGCUUCGGUUUUAUUCGGCUAAGUGUUGAGCAGCCGUCCAGUAAGCAAUUUAUUGUGGCUGAUGGCCAAACCAGAAUCGACUUGAAGUAUGCGGCACAAUUCUUUCCACUUCUUCAUUCACGCCAAGAGCAGAUAAUCCUGAUACCUAAACAAAAUCGAAACAUCCUCGAUGAGGAAUGUUUAAAGGAGGCAGUGCUCGUGCACCAGACAGUUUUGAACAUUAGCAAUUACCAAAAUUUGUGUUUCAGAAAAUCAUCGGCCCUACCCACAAGAAGCACCGAAAUCCCUGACCAGCAAACGUGCGUUGUUAGCAAUCCUUUGGAUUUUGCUGGUGCUAACUUUGAGCAUCUAAGCAACCUGUCUUUAAUUCUGGCUCGUGAGAAGUCUUAUCCAAGGACCACUUUUUCAGAUGGUCAGUCUUUGGAAACCUCUUACAGACAGAUGCUAGGUAGUUUUCGGGUCAAUAAUAAAACAAGACUGCCAACUGCGCAGGCUGAGGCUCUUCGAAUUUCAUACUUUAUUAGAAAGACAACCAAUGAGGAACAGGACCAGGAAGUUUUGGACUUUGAGACCUCUUUUGAGCACAUGGUAUCAUCAAUUGAGAAUCGGCUGAAAUACUCAUCGCUCUUUUAUAGGAGUGGAAAAUCAACCGAUAUUGCUCUACAGCAGGUUUUGAAAGCGGAUAUGAGGGUAAUCUAUUUAUCACUUUUAACAGUUAUAUUUCUGGCACUGUUUUUCGUUUACAUUACCGUCCAUAAUAUCACUAGUUUAACAGCUGCCUUAUUUUUGCUCUCAACUGGCUUGUUGCCCUUCAUAUGCUCUGCAGGCAUUGUUUCAAUGGUAGGCAUUUCCUUUUCACCAACCACUUUUUUCAUUCCUUUUCUUUUGCUUGGAAAAGCAACAUCAGACUUAGCCUUCUUCUUAAACGAAUGGGAUCGGCUACACAACGUACUAUCGAUUGAAUACCGAGUCACCAGCUGCAUUGCAAGAGUGGGAACUGUCCAAGUCUUUUCGGCGCUUUGUGGAACAAUUCUUGUAGGGAUUGCCAUCAAAUCUUCGUUUGAAGUUAUUUCUCGUUUCUUCCUGGUGACACUCAUAGCCUAUGUACUUGUUUCAGGGGCGUCUUUUCUAAUAACUGCAGCGUUAACGCGGUUACUAGAAAGUCAGCUAAAGCCAUUAAACACAUUCUGCGCGCAGCCCUGUGACAAAAGAGAAAGAGGAAAAGUACAUAAUAAAAUGCGAAACUUUGUAAAGAAUUUUCCUCGUUUACAAACUUCAUUCGGUGGUAAAGUGUUUUCACUCUUCAUUUUGAUCUGCUUUAUAAGUUUUUUUGUGUUGUCUGCUUUAUACGGUGGUGAGAGAACAGGUGCCACAGAGAACCUUAACCGACAGCAUAAUAACUUCAACAAGUUCAAUGAGGCACAAAAAAAGUUCUUUGGAAAACUAGCCGAUGUAAGUAUCGUGUUCUCCAGGGAGACUGAUUACUCACAGAAAGCUAUCCAAGAUCAGAUGCUUCAAAUCUGUAAAACUCUGGGGAAGGCUUCUUACAGUCAGACCAAACCAGUAUGUUGGAUCACUGCCCUGUCAAAUUGGGCAAGGAAUGGAAAUGAGAGCUGCCUAAAUUCACAAUUUUACAGGUGCUUAAAGCGAUUCCUGAAUACAUCACAUAGUGUCUCUUUCAGACAAGAUGUACGUUUCCAUGAGAACAAUCCUCGUUCUACAAGUUUAGCAUCUCGUUUUCAUGUUAACUUGGAACUGCACAAGCGACUUUAUAAGAACAGAGAGUCACUAGACAAACUGAGAGAUGACUUGAAACUCUCCCCUAAAGCUAAACCGGUGUCUAAGACAUUUUUCAAGAUUGAAGACCUCUCCUCGUUGGAAAGUGAAACCGUCCUCUUACUCAUCAUUGCCACAGUUGUAGUCUUUGUGACCACGCUGCUUUCAAGUACUAGUUUGAGGAUCAGUAUCUGCCUAACGCUAUUAUUUGGCUUACUUAUAGCGGAGACAGUAACCUUCAUGGAAGUGUGGACAAUUAACCUGAAUCACAUCACCUUCAUUUCUUUAUAUUUCACGGUUGUCUUAGCACAAAAUUUCAGCGUUCAAGUGGGUCAUUCGUUCAUAUUUUCAGACAAACCCGUCGUAAGAGAACGCGGGAGCAAGGCUUUGUGCUCGGUUGGGUGGCCUAUAUUUGUUGCAGCAUUUUUGGAGAUAUCAGGCUCCAUUUCAUUGGGCUUCAUUUUUCCAAGUUUACAGAAUAUUUUUUUACGACUCAUUCCCGUUGUGUUUGCCUUGGGACUAAUCCAUGCUCUGGUAAUCUUGCCACCGGCACUCACAUUAAUUUUCGGGUUCAGAAACAGCUUUGACGUCCAAAAGAUGCUGCUCAAGCAAACGAAACAGAAAAGGAGAAAAAUGUCUGUUGAAAUUCGAUAUGUUGAUACACCACUACGAGCGACAUCCAAGCGUUCUGCCAUAUCCAUUGUUGGCAUCAGUUGCAGGUUUCCUGGAGCAAACAAUAAGACUCUGUUUUGGAAUUUACUUGAGCAAGGCAGGAGCUCUAUUACUGAUUUCCCACAGAACAGAAAAGAGGAACAUGAAAAGUUUUUCCGACUAUAUCAUCACAAGCGGUUUGUCAAUGGACGUCACUGUGCUGUCAGAGGCUCUUAUUUGGAUGACAUUCUAUCUUUUGACAACACGUUCUUCGGUAUAUCCGAUCAAGAGGCUCGAGGAAUGGACCCCCAACAACGUAUGCUGUUGGAAGUGGUGUAUGAGGCCAUUGAGGACGCUGGAAUGCGCCUUGAGGAUCUUCAGAGAUGCAGAACAGGGGUCUUUUUGGGUGUGAUGAACUUAGAAUACAGUACUCUGAUAGUACAUCCAUCAAAUUACAACAAUAUUGACCAGUUUUCAUCAACAGGCAUAACAGCGUCAAUAUUAGCAAACAGAGUCUCCUUUUGCCUCAACCUAACAGGUCCAAGUAUUGCGGUCGAUACCGCGUGCUCGUCAUCCUUAACAGCACUCAAACUUGCUUGCGAUCACCUAGUUAACGGCGAUUGCGACAUAGCAAUAGUUUGUGCUCCUAACAUUAUCUUAAGCCAUGCCAUGCAGAUAGUAUCUAGCAUGGCUGGCCUUCUAGCUCCUGAUGGGCGCUGUAAGAGUUUCGAUGCCUCUGGAGACGGUUAUGGAAGGGGAGAAGGCUUUGCAGCAGUUGUUCUCAAGCUUUCUGGUGCAGCUUUGAAUGACAAAGAUGAUGCAUAUUGCGAGAUAAUCGCUUGUGGUAUGAACAACGAUGGUCAUAAUGCUGUACCCAUGACAGCACCAAGUGCAAAGACGCAAGCUGCACUAUUUAGGAUGGUCCUUGAUCAGGCAGGUUUGAACCCAGAGGAAGUCGAUUACCUUGAGGCCCAUGGCACUGGAACUGCUAUCGGAGACGUUAUAGAAGUCACUUCAAUAGGCGACGUCUAUACAAGAGGAGCCACACGACAGCUCAAAAUCGGAUCUGUCAAGUCGAACCUCAAUCACACAGAAUCUACCUCAGGCCUGGCUGGGCUCAUUAAAGUCGCAUUGAUGAUCAAAAACAAGAGAUUCGUGCCAACUGUUAAUAUCCGUGUUUUGAAUCCAAAACUAAAACUAAAUGAAAAAGGACUUAUUGUGCAACAAACUAACGAACCUUGGAUCACAGAAAGAGGAAAACCACGAAUUGGUGCCGUAAACUCGUUUGGUUAUGGUGGAACAAACGUACACGUUCUUGUUCGAGAAGUUGCAGUAAAACCAAGCUUAGAUGAAGAUAAUGGCAAAAGUCGACGUCCGCAUCAUAUUCUCACUUUGACUGCACCUUCUCAAGAAGCUCUCAAGCGAAUGGCACGGCUCUAUGCUCAGUGGCUGGAAGAUGAAGCUGAGGAAAAUGCGACUUUUGUGGAGAACUUGUGCUACUCACUGAACGAACGCCGCAGUCAGUUUUCCCAUCGCUUAGCACUUACCUUUGAAGCUGUAUCCGAGGCUUCCAAGAUUUUGACGGAGUAUGCCAACGACUCAGUAGGAGUGGAGAGGGUCGUUGCCUACGGAGAGAUAAACGCAGCUGAUCCAAAGCUUGUCUUCUUAUUUGGAGGACAAGGGUCCCAGUGGUAUGCAAUGGGAAGACAGCUAAUUGAAAUCGAACCUGUAUUCAAAGAUGCUUUUUUAACUGUCCACAAUCUGAUAAAAGAUCUGGGGAAAUCGAUGUCACUUUUAGAUGAGAUCAUGGCAUCAGAGGAGAAAUCAAGGAUCGCAGAUAAUUCCAUUGCUCAGCCGGCUACGUUUGCAAUACAAUAUGCCACUGCAAAACUUCUGAUGUCUUGGAGAAUCUAUCCCUCCGUUGUACUUGGUCACAGUCUUGGAGAGAUUGCUGCAUCUUGCGUUGCUGGGAUCAUAACACUAAAGGAAGCAGUUCAACUGGUGUUGGCUCGCUCCUCUCUACAAGAUCAGUGUCCUAGUAAUGGUAGCAUGGCAGCCUUAGGUAUGUCCGAAGAAAGAGCAAGAGCACUACUAGAUGAGUUGAAGCUAACUGCUACUCUUUGCAUUGCCGCAAUCAACGAUGCAGAGAGCGUGACAGUGUCUGGUGAUGUUGAAUCAGUUGAAGCGUUGGGUCAUCACAUUGCUAUACACGAAAAGGACACUUUCUGGCGUGUUCUUGGAACAAAAAGGGCAUUCCACAGCUCACACAUGGAGUUCAUUAAAGGGCCAUUUCAAGCAGCACUGAAGCGUAUUUCGUUACACCCUAAGCUGUCCAAGAUUCCAGUAUACUCUACAGUCGAUGGAGGAGUGCUCUGUGGUCAAGAGUUCAACAACGAGUACUGGUGGCGUAACAUUCGCUGUCCUGUCCAGUUUUACCCAGCAGUGAAACGCCUCUUCGAGGAUGGCUACAAACAGGUCGUUGAGAUAAGCACCCAGCCUAUUUUAGCACACUAUGUUAGAAAGAUUGCUUCGCAAGUGAACUUACAAGAAGAAGCAUUGCCAAUCGUUAUGGAGACCCUUCCUCGUAAGAGACUACCUGUCAAAGAGCAGUGCAAGUCUUUUCUUCUAAACACAGUGUGCAAACUGUACACACUUGGUUUUCCUAUAGAUUGGACUUGUGUGCAGCAAAAUUCUUCUGCAAAGUUUGUCCGCUCGUUGACCUAUCCAUGGCUUAAAAACCCUCUCUGGUAUAGAGAACGACCGCCUGAAACGAUAAUUCAAACACCUGAUGUCAAACCAAAUGCAGUGACAAGACUUCAUCCAUUUUUAGGAAAGGUGAACCAAACCAGUCUGUAUUCAGGCCUACACUGCUGGGAAACUGAAAUUGACCUCCAUCACUUUCCUGAUCUUAGAGAUCACGCUCUUAUUCAGGGAACAACCGUGAUGCCAGGAGCUGCGUACCUAGAAAUGGCCUUUGCAAUGGCGAUGGAUCAGUUUGUCCAUGUAGCUGGUCUAGAACUCACUGAUGUGAAGCUCUUGAGCCUUCUUACACUACCCGAUACACAGGUAGCUUCAAUAUAAUCUAUUUCUUAAUUAUUUCCUCUAUAUAUGUUCUUUUCAAGAAUAUUUAUUGAAGUGCGUAAAGAAUAACCGGUUGCAUCAAUCUUGAGUAUCGCGAAUCAUGAAAUUGUCACAUAACUCCUUUUAAAUGGUUAAACCAUCCUUUUAUGUUGCAGGUUCGAUCUUUACGACUGCGUCUCCUGAAGACUAAAAGGACUGGUGAAGCAGAGUACUACAUAACAUGCGUACAGGAAGACCACGCGGAGAUUUACCUAAGCAAGGGAAAAAUUUAUACGGAUCUCCUGCAGACCAAAAAGACGGGUAGGUACUAUCAAGAGAUCUGUUUAAUUCUCGUUAACUCCAAGUAGUCUUCCAGAAACUCAAAAGAGAAAAAUAGAGAGCUUCACAUUCGUCUCUUGCAGAAACUGAGAACUCGAAUAUCUUCUAUAAUUUUUGGUGUAAAUUUUAUUUCUAGUGGAUUAUUAUACAUGUAUAUUGCUUUCAGCCAUCGUUUUCUCGCUUAUCAUUUUUAAGAAAUAUUUUAUAUUUUCUUCAAAACCCGAACUUUCAGGCAUUACGGUGUCUAGCAUAAUAUAAAUCGUAACCCUUUAUCUUUCAUAGUCUCAGCAUCUAACCUGGUAGGGCCGGCAAUAAGUGAGCUAAUGGAAGACAUGGAACGAAUGCCAAAUAAUGAGUUCAGAGAACUAACAGAGAAGUUUGGAUUCAAAUACGGCCCUUCCUUCUCCAUCAUCAAAGAGGUAUGGAAACGUAAAAAAGAGGGGCUAUGCCUGAUAGACAUCAAAGAGGCACACACCAUACAAGAAGAAAGUAAACGUUAUGUUGUACAUCCAUCUAUAUUAGAUGCUUGCCUUCAAUCCUGCUUUAUUCCCUUAGCAAGUUCGUUGACGGGUGAGAAGUCUGUUGUGCCAGUUGGUUUCAAAAGUAUUGCACUGAAUGACUUACCAUCAACAAAGCAGCUUUAUUGCCACGUGACUGAGUAUGUUUCCGAUUCUGAAAGAUUUGACGUCACACUUAUGAGUCCAACUGGUUGCGUUUUGCUGACAAUGACCGAUUUACGAGUUAAAGAGAUAACAAGCUCAUCGCGUCAACUUUCUUUAGCUGAUCUUGCUUACGACGUCCGGUGGAGUGAGGCUGAGUUAACAAUACAGCGAGAAAGUAGCAAUCCUCUGCAUUGCAUCGUACUAAAAGACUCCUCCCAUUUGUCAAAUUAUUUGGUCUCAUCACUUGAAGCUCGUGAAGUCAGUGUCAUCUCUGUUAAUCCUCCAGAUGGUCAAUUUUUUGACACUGAAGUCCAAGACACAAUAAAAAUCGCCUUCGCAGAGAUUCCUGCGAUUAAUUCUUCUUCGUUAAGGGUUGUAAAUCUCUGGCCUAUGGACACAUCACUUCUACCAGGCGAUGUUGAUGUCAUUGAGCAAGCUCAACAACUCGCUUUUGGCAGUUCUGCGUUCCUAAUUCGACUGUUGAUAGAGAAAGAGCUGAUGGAUUCUCGACUGUUUCUGGUCACCGAGCUAACACAGCUUUUGGAUACCUGUGACAGUUCUGGUAAGGGUAAAUCCAUUCCAUGGGGUGCUACUGUCUGGGGACUGAAAAGAACAGCGAAUCUUGAAGAAGUGAAUCUCAGGGUUACCGCAGUUGACCUGUGUGACAAAGAAGAUAAACGGGAAGUGGAUUCCUUGGUCGAUGAAAUUUUAGGUGGCAGCAUCGAAGACGAGGUGGCCUUUAGAGAUGGUAGAAGAUUUAUAAGUCGUCUCGUCCGAGCAGACCUACACCAAGACAUGUGCAAAACAAUUACAAGAAAAGAGAGCAAGAAUAAAAGACACCUAUACCUUACAACAGCUCCUUCAUCGAAAUCGCUUUGCCUUCGUGAGCAAUGUUUUCCAAAGACAACGGAAGUUGAAGUCAUCGUAGAAGUUAGCUAUUGUUGGACGCCCUCAGAAACACUCUUUGAUGUGUCUAAACCAAAUGGAUGUGUCUUUGUAAGUGGAAAAGUGACUGAUCUUCCUGGCUCUGGUAAGAUUACUUUGCAAAUUGGAGACGAUGUAUGUGGUGUCAUUCCCUCUGGCCGCGUUGCACGUUUCAUUCCAAUACCGGUCAGUAAUGUGUUUUUGAAACCUCCCAAACUGACAAUGAAGCAAGCCACAUGCCUUCCAGCAUGCCUGGCACUGGCAUAUCAUACUCUUCAAAAAGCAGCGGCUGGCGCCACAAAACAGAAGCUUCUUAUCCAUGAGGCAAAUCGUGGUCCUGGACCCGCAACGGUAGUUCUGGGAAACACACUGGGUCACAGAGUUUUUUGCACUAUUUCCGACACUUGCAGUUCAUCCACGAAAAGUCUUCUCACCGGUUUGGGUGCAGAGAGUGUAAAGCGACAGAGCUCCACAGCAUAUAAUGAUGAUUUAAACGAUCCAUUUGACGCUGUUGUGUUUCUUAAUCCACCGUUUCCGAAUGUCCUUCACAGAAGCGGUCCUAGUUUAAAGAGGGGAGGAAAAGUAAUUAUCCUUAGCAACGAUUUUGAAGGCGAUGUUAUCUUUCCUGCAAACAAGAAUCUUAAAUAUGAGAGAGAGAAUAUAUUAGACAUUUUGCGACCCCCGUCCGCUUUCGAGGAGCUAAGCAUGCGAAGCAUGCAAAUUUUGGAAACCAAGGGAGUAUCACCAGCGCUUCUUGGAUUGAAGAUAGAGUGUUUAGACUUGGUUGCAUCAAUUAAAGCUUUCAACGAGUUCUUUGACAGAACCUCAUCUCUAAAAGAUGAAGUGGCACAGUCUUCGAACAUUUCAUUUUUCAUACAAGCACUUGGAACAUUUGAAGAAGCAGAGAAACUUCAAGAAAUCCCAGUGCUACCACAAGGCUUAGAUGAGUGUGGUUUGAAAGAAAACAAAUCCUAUUUGGUAGCAGGAGGAGUGCGAGGAUUUGGAUUUGAAGUCGCCCGAUGGAUGGCGGAAAACGGUGCAAAGUCUAUAGUACUCCUCGGCCGCUCCGUGCCCUCGGAUUCCAAAAUUCAAGAGGUACGUCAGAUUGAGAAGAGAACCGGUGCGGCGAUCCAUAUAAUUCAGGUAAGUAAAGUAAAAUUUCCUUUUCUGUUUUUGUUGUCUAUCAGGCCCAUCAUCACUUAUUGCAAAUAGCUGUUUAUCAGAUUAGGGUGCUGCUUCUGUCAAAACCGACGUGCCUUAGAAGUGUUUUCGGACUAUACAGCAAUGCAUGAAAAGACAACAUACAAAAAAAUCAAAACAAAAAGAGAAAGAUAGUUUCUAAUAAUAAAAGAUUAUUAUGGGCGACAAAAGAAUUAUGGGCGACAAAAGAACUAGACUUUUCCACGAAAGCAUGACGACACUAUCAAAUGUAAUUGAUAGAAACAUUGGUAGCAAUAUAUAUCUAUCUGGAUUUGCUAAAAGGCAUCUCCAGGAAAUUUUCCCAACAUUCUCAUUUGAGGCUUGUUUACUUUAAUAUUUUUCUUUGUUAUGACAUUUUGAAUACCUAAAUACUCUAACAAGCUGCAGUUGACAUAAAGUCGUGUGUUUAUAAUGCUGUUUACAUCUUUCUUCACCCCCACUCCCCUCCCCACGACGAUCAUUGCCCAUAAUCCUGUCCGUGUGAUAAAACAAUCUUAUUUGAAAUCAGCGUGCACGAUAGAAGUUGUUUUCCUUCGUCGGUUAAUUUUCUACAGUUCUUUUUGGCCGCCUGGAGGAAAGUUUCCGGAAGGCUUAAUUAAGCAUUAUGAAGAAACAAGUUUCACGAUUUGCAAAGUCUGCCGUCGCCCAAUAUCAGUUACCUAGUAAAAACAAAGGUAUAAAUUGUGACUACAGCCACUUGUUUCAUGUGCUCUUUUGCAACGUCCUUUUUUCAGGUCGACAUAUCCAACCCAAAGCAAAUGUCCUCCUUGGAAAACCGCCUUCAGUCCCUUCCAAAUGUGGCUGGCAUAGUGCACACUGCUAUGAUUCUAAGAGACGAAUUUAUUAAAGAGCUGAAAUUACAGAGUUUUAAUGAAGUCAUGGGCCCAAAGAUCAAAGGUGAGACAGCCUAAGUGACCAAGCCCUAAACUCUCAGGCUGAAUUUUUGCUCUUGUCGACUACAGCAUAAUGGACUUUGUUAAAGGGCAGAAUUCAAAGGCAACAUUUUGCUAACAGGUUUAAAAGCCGCUCGCCUAAAUUUAAAGGUUUGUUCAAUAUUAAAAGUUCCACAAAUAUUACCAUUUUUUCCUUUUCAAUUUAUUGUAGUUUUCAUUAGCAAAAUGUACAAAUUUGAUUUUUAGGCUCUUUCUUGCUACACCAAAUGAGCCUAGAGAUGGAUCUGGAUUUCUUCGUGAUGUUUUCGUCCAUGGCGUCAAUCGUGGGUAACGUUGGACAAUCUUCAUACUCCGCUUGCAAUGCUUUCCAAGAUUCUCUUGCUCAGUAUCGCAGACAUGUGCUUGGUCUUCCCGGACUUGCAAUAAACUGGAGACCAAUCAGUGGAGCUGGUGUAAUGGAAAGAGAAACUGGAAUCGCUAAAUUGCUAACGCUGGCAGGGCUGGGUUUUGUUGAUGCCAAGGAUGGUACGUUGCAAAUUUCUGAAAGCGAAUGUCUUAGUAAUCCGUUGACAAUAAUUACUGUGGAUGAAUGAAUAACGUCUUCUUAUCGCAGUGCGGUGGCCAAAAUACCCCCCAAAUGUGUCAUUAAAGCGAGGCAUUGUUGUAAUUUAUUUUUAGGCAAGAGUGAGUACAAAGAAAGAUCAGCUGUUGUUGUCGUUGCUGUUUAAGCUAAAGUAUUCCGCGGGGUGCCCUCUUAAUUUCUCUGACGUCCCAAAUUGACGGUUUUCACUGUUUUAGUCCCCUUCUAGAGCUCUUGCAGUUGAUAUGAGUUUGACUUUGAAUUUAAAAAUUUCAUGCAACCGUUUAUGUGACGUCAUCCAUUGUGAGGUCAUAAUUUGACAUUUUACGUCAAGCAAAAACUUAAAAUCAUUUGGUCAACAUUCGUAGUCUACCUGCAACUUUGGUCAAGAAAUGAAAUGAAAUGUAAAAUAUACGUAAAAUUGGCCUUAAUGACACCUUUGAGGAGUGGUUUGGUUCCCCCGUGCACAGAGUUUGACUGGGCAUAGCGUUGGACGUUAGCUGAACGUUAUGGCGUUAAGUAUUAUGCAAUUUACCUCCGUAUUAAUCGGUAAUAAUUAGGAAUUAGGCAGUAGGUUGACUUUUCAUUUAAUUCAUUUCGGCCAAACAAAAAUAGAAACUAAAGAAACCGAAUUGGAGCUCAAUACCCCAAGAAUAAGGCUAUUCAUCAACAAUGAAAAAAAAAAAAGAAAAAGAAAAGAAAAGCAAAAACAAAAACAAGUUUAUUGGUUUAUUGCGAAUCGUUAGGGUGCUUUUGUGGCUACUGAAAUGUACUCUUGUACAAACGGGAUGGUAUCGAUUUCACAGUAAAGCAUGGGUUUUGCCCCAAAAUAAGGAGAAGAGUGUUUGGUGUUUUCGAUCGGAAGACACACGGCUGUUAACAUUUAUUUGUUGGAAAAGGGCACAUGAAGGCCGUGGUUGUUAGACAACAAAAUACUUGUUAGUGUUGUUUGACAUCUACUUUCAAAGCAUGAACGGCACAGCAUAAUUUAUGUGUAAUAAACUAGAGUCUUACUUAUUGCUUGAUUCGUCCUCUAAGGUGUUAAACAUAUGGUCAAAGUGUUAACUGAGGAGCCAGGCCGCUGUCAAAUCUCACUCUUUAAUGUAGACUGGCCUCUAUUCUUAAAGAGCGGUGAAGGGCUGAAGAGAACGCUGCGACUUUCCAUUAUCAGAUCAACAGUAAAUGCCUCUGACAAAGAAACGAGCUCAACAGAGUCUCUGGCGCAAAGAAUCGUUUUAGAGAAGGAUGGAGAAAAGAGGGCAGGGCUUAUCAACGAAUACGUUAGUGUGUCAAUGACGGUGUUACUGGGUGGCAAUCUUUUGUCCUCUGAGACAGAUCUCAACGCCAGCUUGUAUAGCUAUGGGGUUGACUCCACAACGGCCUUGAGUUUGAAAAUGCACCUUGAAAAGGACUUGCAAGUUUCUUUUGAGGUACACUUUUAACUUCCAGAUUUAACGUUAACUUAUCAGUUACAAUACAUGGGUAGCCAAAACCGGCAGAAAACGGGUAGCAUAUUAAUGAUAGAUGCUUAAGACCAAAUGCCCCUGUGAGUCAUUUCUUCUGGGAAAUAGCUGUUUCCAGGUAUGCUGAACGUCGGGAUAUUGUGAUGCGACCUGGUGUGUUGUCCCAAAGGUCCAAUCCCAUACGGCUUGCAAUCUAUACCUGAGAGGAUCGACCUUUUAUACCUCAAUAUGACAAAAAUAGCCUUUCGUUGCAGGUCUUCUACUUCAUGCAGCCAGACACAACUCCUCUAAAGCUGGUUAGAGACCUAACAGCCAAGAUGAAUGAACGAAGACAAGGCACCCUUCCAUCUGAUGAACAGUCUCAAAAUGAUAAAAGAAAAAAGACCGAGCAUGUGCAAGCACAGGCAACUGAAGACGUCUCGCCGAUAACUGAUGUAUCUGAAAGCAAAAUACAAGUUGUACCGCUGUACACUCCAGAGGGCUCAGCCAUAAAGUUCUUCUGUGUCCAUCCGUCGCACCGUUACGCGUUGAGUUUAAUGCCGAUCGCAGCAGGAUUUCAAGGACAGGUAAAUUUAACAUGCAGUGUAGAUGCUGAUGAAGAUUUAUUUAUAGAAAUUAUGGUAAUUUCGUAAACCAUAAGCUAAAACAUUAAGAAAAAUGUGAUGCAUUUCCUUUAGGAAAAAAAAUACCCAUCUCAUAAACAUUGAUACAAAGUCUUGAUUCUUCCUCUUCUUCAUAUUAUUAUCAUUAUUAUCGCGGGGCUCCAGAGCCCCAUACUCAUCGAAUAUGAUCAACUUCUGUUGGUUUGGUUUUCACGUGAUUGACAGAGCGUACGUACGUAGGUACGUACGUACGCGUCUACAGAUUGCACGGGUGGGGUAGGGGAGGCUAUCAAAAGUAAGGGGGUGUCUCAGGCGUGUUUUGGCAAGUCCACAUCUUUUAUAUUGGACAUUCACAAUAUGGUUAAUUGACAGCUGUCAAAGCAGGAUAGCCACUGACCAGUAUCCCAUGACCAUAUCGCGGGCUCAUGUGUCAGCUCAUCGAGGUGACGUGGUUUAUUUGGAAGCUGUCGGCUGACCAGUUAAUUGUUUUACUAGAUCGCGAUCAAUGUUCAAUCCCAUACUUUCCAGCUAGUUUGUGAGCACAGGGAAACUGAUACACAUAUUGGAUUUGACCGUAUCGCGGGCACAGGUGUUGACCCAUCGAGGUCAAGUAUUUUUAUUCGCUGACAAGGUACUAGUUUUCAAAUGAUCACAGACUCAAGUUUAAUUCUUUUUUAAAUUCAAAUCAAAUAUGUUGUGUUUAUGUGCCGCACAAUUAAACUUUUGAUUUCAAACUGACCUCGGACGCGAAAAUUCAGCCAGCUGCUACAGGCAGGGAAGACAGUUGCUGUUGACUUUUCUCAUCAUGUUCACGCGUUGGUCACCCUCUAAACCAAUUUUUAUGCUCUGAUUGGUCAAAAUUUGACAGGUGAGGGUCAUGCGGAAAAUAUAUGCAGCAUCUUGAAUCUUGUUUACUUUGACAGCUGAAUCUGACAGAGUUUUGUGUCAACUUGUGAUGUUUUUAACCGUCUUUUUCCACUGGAUGUGCAAAAUGAAAUUCUGCUGUUAUCAAGAGUCUUCCGUUAUUCAUGGCUUAACUGGUCUUGAUAAUAUUUCUGCUAAAAUUGUACGUGAAUGUGCUGAUCUUAUUUCAGUUUCACUAUGUGAUCUCUUUAAUAAAUCUUUAGUCUCUGGUAUAUUUCCUGAUGAUUGGAAAUGUGCUAGAGUUACUCCGUUGUUCAAGGAAGGUGAGCCAUCUGAUCUGAAUAAUUAUCGACCUAUUUCAGUCAUUUCCGUUAUAGCUAAAGUGUUUGAAAGGAUUGUUUAUGAUCAGUUGUAUAACUUUUUGACCAAUGAAGAUAUCAUUUCUAAUCAUCAAUCGGGUUUUCGCUCGUUACACUCAACUGCAACUGCCCUUCUGGAAGCUACGGAUAAUUGGGCCUUUAAUAUUGAUCGUGGCAAUGUUAAUGCUGUGGUUUUCCUCGAUUUAAAAAAAGGCUUUCGACACCGUUGACCACGAUAUCCUUCUAGCUAAAAUGAACCUUUACGGAAUACAAGGUACAGCUCUUGAUUGGUUUAGGUCGUAUUUAACUAAUCGUACACAACGAUGUCUUGUUAACGGUUCUCUUUCUAGAAUCUGCUCUCUUAAAUGUGGGGUACCGCAAGGAACAAUCCUUGGCCCCCUUUUAUUUCUUAUUUAUAUUAAUGACUUGCCAAACUGCCUUACUUCGUGCCAGCCUAGAAUGUAUGCCGAUGACACCCACAUUACUUAUGCUGGCGUUGAUGUGAAUUCAAUACAGUUAACUCUGAGUCACGAUUUAGAUAACCUAAACAAAUGGCUUAUUUCCAAUAAACUUACUUUGAACACUUCUAAAACUGAAUUCAUGCUAAUUGGCUCCAGACAAAAAUUGAGUACUUUGUCGAACCCACUUGAGCUCUCGAUUAAUAAUGUUCCGAUAGAACACGUUUCCUCUGUCAAAUCGCUUGGAAUAUUUAUUGAUGAAAAUCUACGGUGGCAAACACACAUUGAUAAAUUAUCUAAAAAGGUCGCUUCCGGAAUUGGAGCAAUAAAAAGAAUUAGACCUUUUGUCCCUCCACCUACCCUUCACUAUAUAUACAACUCACUAAUUCAAUCUCAUUUCGAUUAUUGCAAUCUUGUCUGGGGUAAUUGUGGUAAAACAUUAUUUGACAGGCUACAGAAGCUUCAGAACCGUGCCGCUCGCGUUUUAACCUUCUCUAGCUAUGAUGCUGAUGCUAACCGUUUGAUUAGACAACUCGAUUGGAAAGACUUGAGCACUCAAUUUCAAAUACAGAAAUCCAUAAUGGUAUACAAGUCUUUAAAUGGCCUUGUUCCUGAAUAUUUAUCAUCUAAGUUUGUUAAACGAAAUGAAACGCGUUACUCCCUGAGGGACUCUGUUAACAAACUAUUUGUCCCAUUUCCGCGAACUAAUUUCAUGAAAAACAGCUUUACUUAUAGCGGAGCAGUUCUCUGGAACAGCCUACCCUGUCAUGUGAGAGAAGCCGAAUCUCUUAGUCAAUUUAAAAGAUUAGUUAAUGUUCACUUUUAAUGUUAUACACGGCAUUCAUGAAAAACAGGUUUUAGUUAGAUUAGUUGUAGUCAGGUUUUGAAUUUUGUUUAGGAUAGUUAGGUUAUUUUUAAUUUUUUUUUUUUUUUUUUUUUUAAAUUCCUGAUGGAUUUUACCGUGUUUAAAUAAAGAUUGACUUGACUUGACUUGAUGGCUAGUUUGUUUACUGGGUUUUUGGUUGCGAAAUACGUCACUUGUCAAAGUCGGAAAUCCGAUUUCGGAUGGCAUCGUUUUCGUUUUCACCUUGCUUGUCAUUGAUGCGUAAGAGGGUUGCAAAGUCUGAAGCGAUAAAGUAUGUGGUCCUUGGUCCGCGCAAGUCUGCGAUGCCCUUGGUCCGCAACUUUUCCGAAAAUGAUAAAAUAUUUCGUCGAGAAAAAAAAUAUGUUGAAUAAUGAAAGAUAUCGUGAUUUACUGAUUAGCAUUCUUUCAUAUGACGAAGUUUCGGCUUCUUGCUGUGGGUGAGGACGCGAAAUUAAAGUUUGUUGAGAGGUAGGUUAAUUUGUCUUUCUUGUAGUUUGGAUUUUUGCGGCACCGUAAAUUACAUGGUCAUGUUUACUUGGCCUGCGAAUAAAUAAAGGCCUACUCUGGGACCUUAAGUCGCCGUAAUUUUAGGCGACUUAAGGCGAUUUAAGGCGACUUUAGGAAAAUUUGGUCAAAAUGUUCUGCGACUUAAGGCGAUUUAAGGCGACUUUAGGUGACUUAAGGAGAAAAAGGUGCCAUUUAGGUGAGUUACAUGUUAGUGAAUAUGUUGCAGUUAAUUUUUUAUUUCAGUUAAUUUUUGGCUUUCCUUUGUUUUAAAUUCAUUAGUAUACAUAACCAUACCCAGAAACGAUGGAAAAAUAAAAUUAACUGAAAUAAAAUUAACUACAACAUAUACAAAAUCAAAAUCUACUGAUAACACUACCUCUCUAGGGUCACAAUGUUGUAACAUAAGUUAAUUCAGUCUUGAAGACAUCUACAUUAGUCUUCCAAAUUUUCAACAAUCUCAGCUGCUUAAUAUUUUGAACAUUAAAUAUCAAGGUAGCUUGUGUUGCAAGUGUAUUCUAACCCUGGUUAGUAACAUUUGCGAAGCAGCACUAAUAUCCUUGUUCUAGGCCCUGAUGUACUAAAUGAAUUACCAGCAUUUUAAGUUUCCCCUCAACAUGAUUGGCAAAUGAACAAUGGCAUUUUUAACAGUCCAGUCCUGGCAUGCACUCAAAUCCUGAUACACACACAGGGGGCCCAGAACUAGGAUUUUGCCGCUGUUUUGCAGAUGGAAUUAACCCAGAGUUUAGUUGCAUCUGUGACACAGGCUACUAUCAAGGGUAUUGGUUUAGUAUUACAUUGGCAGAGACAAAAUCUGAGUUAGAAGCAAUCAAAAGGGUAAAUUUUCUCUUGGUCUUUAAAAGCAUUAGUUUACAAUAUAAGGGACAAAAAAUGGAUGGUUCCUAAACCCUAAAAGUAGAGUAUUUUAAUACAUCUCUUUAAAAUACUGUAAACUGGUUUGUAGCAAAAACUUUACAUUGAAGUGUCUUUUUUCAUAAUUUGAGAACAAAUAUUUAAGUAAUUAAUUUAAAACAUCUAAAAUCACUUAUCGAUAUCGCACAUUAUGGAAAUGACGAUCCCCAUUGUAUGUCUUAGCAGUUGCUCUGCCAAUGUUUGUCCCCACACGUUUGGCUAAGAGGGUGUUUUUCCAAUUGAAUUUAAAACAAAAAGUUUGUAGUUCUCGCCGUAUAUAUAUUGCUCCUUUCCUGUCUCAGUCAAACAAAAUACUCCACAUACUUGCUUCGGUAGUGAACCGUACUCUCUCAUCCAUGGUCUCUUUGGAAACUUUCCAGUCGGGUUGAUUUCAUGAGUGCAUUUAUGCACCAGCAGGAACAACUAAGCUUAGCUUCAACCAUGCAACCUCGCUCUGUUCCACGCGGCAGCGUUUACGCUCUCAGCACAAAAGGAAGCAUUAUGCGUCAUGUUUAAACCGAUGGCAGUACCAAGUGUAAAACUUUCCAUUAUUAACUCAGAAAUUUCCAUUUAAAAGGAGAUCUUCAAGCGAAAACGCAACGUACAAUUGACAACAACAAGAGCACAUUUCUAUCCGCCAUUUUCUUUCUCCCAGAAUUCCACGGCAGUCGCAACCUAAUUUCCAUUGUUUGUCGGUCCCGCCCUCUCCCCGCCUCCAGAUCAGUUAGUCACGUGAUCAAAACACAACACCUUCUGGGCGGCCAUAACGCGGAGGAAUUCGCUUUUCUACGUUCUUCAUCAAUAAUGAUCGAUUACAUCAAAUCGUUUGGCAGGGAGCAAUCACGACAACAUAAACAAAGCGCAGUUUUACGCACCUGCGAUGUACAAAACUUGAAUUUCUGUCUAGAAGGGAAGACCUAAAGGCUAAGCUAAGUGGUCAAGUUCAUAAGAGUGAUUGUGUUUCUGUCAAUGAUAGAUGGAUAUAAUUCGACGGUAAAUACAGAUCAGAGGUUGUGUGCUGGAGAAAAAAAACUUAUCAUUAGUUGCUCUUAAAAUCUGGGUCGGUAAUUUACAUGGACACUUUUUUCGAUAGACCUUUAGGCUUGUAUUAACUACUAGAAAAUUUAGAUUAAUGUUUGGCGGCAAUAAUUGUUUUUUUUUUUCUCCCUGCAACCUUCCCCUGCUAGCAGAGGUCUGCUAGUAGGGAACCUGCAACCUACCUGUAUUAAAUGCAUGCAAUGGCGAAAAUGGCAAAAAUGUCGAAAAAUCACCAGAGGGCUGGCGAUUCAAAUUGGAUUCAAAUUGAAUGCCGAAAGUGGCCCCUUGGAGAGUGGCCAUUUUGGCGAAAUUGGCGAUUUUGGCGAAAUUGGCGAUUUUGGCCAAAAUGGCAAAUUUAGCAAAAAUGGCGAAUUUGGCACGAAUGCGAGAUAUAUAAUUCAAACAACGACCGCAAGCCUGGGAAAUUAAGGAUACCUAUCUUGCAAUUUUUGGUAAGUAAAUUGUGAUAAACAUUUCGACAAGUACCAUUCACUGAUAAGGUAAGAACCUGCAUGUUUCAGAUAACUCGACUAAUUUUUAAAGGGAUCCUUUUGCCAAUUCAUACAAAUCAACAAUCUGUAUGUUAACAUACCUAUUUGCUUAAUUAGAAUGUUUGGCCAAAUACGUCAUUUUUCCUAAACUCGCCAUCUUUAAAGGAGUCCCUUUCCCAUCUUAUUUGAACUUUGUUAACAAUUUAGCGAUUUUUCGCCUUUUCUGCCAUUUUCUACAAAAUCGCCACUUCCAAAAGGGGCCCUUUGCUAUCUCAUUUGAUAUUUUGUUAACAAGUUGGCGAUUGUUCGCCAUUUUCUACACUUUUAGGUGACAGGUUGAAAAAAUCGGUUAAUCGUCUGUAAUUAACUGGAGCAGCCAGCGCAAGGAUUAUUGCUUAUUUGAUCCAGACCAGUUGCUUUUCGACAUCUUAUUUUGGCGGUAACUUCAAAACUUUCGAGAUUUCAAUUUUAGUAAACUUAAAGCAGGAAGGUUCUCGUUUUAGGCAGUCUUCCGCAUUUAUAGAUACUUUAGGAAGAUUUGUAGCAAGGUUUGGACCAAUCUGGGUGAAAUGGCAAUUGAAAUGAUUUGCCAUGGCUACAGAUUAUGUUAGGUGGGGUCUUCCUCUUCAGGGGCACCCAACGAGAAUAUAGUGCAAAACCGCUUAAACAUAGUAUUGUUGAACGUAUUUUAGUAUUUAAACGGUAGAUAUAGGCAUAUUUUUAUCCCCUAGAAAUUUUUCGUCUGUUCGGAUUUCCUAGCUGAAAGUCUAGUGAUCCGAAAAUUAUAGGGAUCAAAACUUACCUUUUCAAAAAUUUCAGCCAGAAAAAAGGCUCCCGAAAAUUAUAGGUGACCUUUUUACGGUAAAACUCCGUUAAAAAUGGGCAAUUAUACCAUUUUUUAGAUGUUCGAAAAUCCUAGGACAGGCAGGCAAGCAAGAAAUUUUACAACAAAUGUUUCGAAAAUUCUAGAUCUCAAAUCAUCUUCCGAACAAACAUUUUCCGAAAAUUGACGUUGGGUGCCCCUGACUCUUCCGAGUGGUCUCAAGCGCUACCAGGAGUCCUUCUUCGACAUGCUCCUCGAACGUUUGACUACUGUCGAGGUGAACCCCCAGGUACUUAUACGUGGAUGCUCUCUCACAGUCCCUUUUCCGUCUCUAGAAAUUAGUGUCCUUCUAUGGACUGGGUUUUACAGAUCCAGCAGCAGUGAGUGAUGACUGGGGUGGAGUACAUGAACUUGCCACACAUUACGUUCAGUUAAUAAGUAGGGAACAGAGUCAUGGUCCUUACUUUCUCGGUGGAUAUUCAUACGGAGGACUUCUCGCGUAUGAAAUGGCUUCCUUGUUGACGGCGCAAAAUCAAAGAGUGGAGUUCGUAGCGAUGAUUGAUACAUUUCCCUGGACUCAGCCCUCAUCGACUGUCGCCAUCAGACAGCCUUACAUGCAGGGGCAUGAAAACUCGCAACGUCGACAUGUCGAGGUUUGUCAACAUCUUGGUCGAUGAAAUGUCUAUUUAAAGCUCUAUAUUGACAAGUUGCUGGUGGUAUACAUAAUAAACUUUAGGUUUCUUGACAGACUCUUCACCAACUCUUUUGCAAUUUAAAGACUAAAAGGAAAAUUGAGUCAACUUGUUUCCUCAAACAAAAUCUUUUUGCUUGAGACGUUAUUUCCGACAAAGUGUCAAGAUUCUACCGCUACACGUCGGAUUCUCGACUCUCAUUUCAUUCUUUGUUACUUCAUUCUAUGCUUUGUGUUUGAUGUAUUACUGACAAAUUGUAACGAAGAGUUAUUGCAUUUUAGCUCCAAUUUGAAAAUUAUCUCAGAAAGCUGGCAAUAGACUCACUGAAGAUGACAUCGGAUGAAUACCACAAGAUGAGAGAGGAGAACACCAAAGAAUGGAUCAUAGAAGAACUAGAAAAAAGGGCGUUUGAGAAAGGUCUAGCAAACUUCAAUUUGAGAACACUGAGAGAAUCUCUUCUGAAGGAUCAAAUUGUCGCCAGUAGGACACAUGUAGAGUGGCAGCCCGCAGAGGUACAAGAAGAUCUCUGUUUCCUUUCUGUUUCUGUUUGCUCAAAACAACGAUAUCGAAAGAAAACUAGUAGUCGAUAAGUUCUCCUUGGAGAGUUUUUUCGAACUCAUUUACUGAAAAGAAAUGUUUAUUUGGACUUUAGUCUUUUUCUUGAAUGUUUUAAGAAGUCACUCAAAAACCUCUUAACUAUUUAUUAGUUAACUUACGCAUCAUUUUGAAUUCGCCUUAGUGCUUGUACUUUGCACAGAGCUCUAGCCUAUAUUUUAUGAAAAUACUGAAAGCUUAUCUUUCAUGAGACGAUUUUUUUACGUGUUCUUUAUUGAUAGUUCCGUUACCGAGGUCCACUCACUUUCCUUAAAUGUCAAGAUGCCUGCUUCUCCCCAAUCUCACUCGAUAGCAGCGAAAAGAUGUGGGGCCAGUUAGUGGAUGGUGGGACAACUGUACUUGUUUGCCCUGGAAAUCAUUAUUCCAUGAGUGAAUCGCCUAACGCCACUGUUACCGGUAGCAUCUUAGCAACAGCUCUAGCAUUCAAGUACCGUUUGCUGUUCCCAGAAUUCCCCAGGCACACGAGAACGUUCAGUCAGAGAAGAGCCGUAGAAAAACUCUCCAGUGGGGCAGCUGUGUUCCUCCACUCAAAGAAAGGUAACGAUAUUAUAUAUAUAUAUACGUUUCAGUAA